UCUAUCUAUCUAUCUAUCUAUCUAUCUAUCUAUCUUUCAGGCUAUACAGCUUUAUGGGCUCUUUUUCUCUAUUUUUUCACGAACUAACAAUAUCUCUACUUUAUAUAAUAUUCUCUUGCUCUCUACUUCUUGCUUUUCUUACUUUUUUUUACUAUUAAAUGUAAAAUAAGAAGUUUAAAAUAAAAUAUUUAAAAAAUAUGUUUUUAAAUCUGCAGGCGCUGGAAGUUCAAAAUAAAGCAAAAAAGGGAAGGUACAGUGGUGCAGCGGUAGAGUUGCAGCCUUUCAGUACCAACACCUGGGUUCGAUCCUGCCUCCGGGUGUUGUCUUGCACGUUCUCCCUGUGACCGCGUGGGUUUUUUUCCCGGGUGCUCCGGUUUCAUCCCAGUCCAUUUCCAAAGACGUGGGCGGUAUAGAUUAUAUCAGAGACUGGGUGGUUGAUUAUAUCCGAGGCUGGGAUGGAGUAUUGAUUAUAUCAGAUACUGGGUGAUUAUUGAUGACGCCAGAGGCCGUGCGAGAGUAUUGAUUAUAUCAGAGACUGGGUGAGAUGCGAUGAAUAUAUCAGACAUGAUAUUGACAAAGGGUGAGCUGCAGUGAUGAUGAGACACUGGGUGAGAUGUAAUGACUCUCUCAGACACAGGGGUUGAGCACACUUCCUGCUUGAAUCCGGCAUGGAUUUGGCCCGGACGUUGAUGUGACUGAAUCAUCGCCCAUCCAGUUCGCGGUUCUAUCAACCUUGUGAACAAGUCUCAGAAACGCCCAGCUCAAGCAUGAGGCCGUGCUAGCUGGAUGUCAGAUGGGUAGCAAUGGAAUUAUGGAUUCUACAACACAGGUUGUCUUCUGAUACAAAAAGGGGCGACCGGAGCUGAGACGUGGGCACGAUGCCCCCAGGAAUACAUUACCACCAGGACUUCUGGAGUGACGACGAGAAUCGGGAAGUGGAGGUUGAAUUUCUGCUUCCCACCGGCAUUUACUUGAACUUCUGCGUGCCGAGUAGUUCUUCAAUCAAGGUCAUCAAAGCGUUGCUAUGGCAGCAGGCUCAGCAGCAGCCUCUGUUCCACACACUCAGUGAACCCGAUGCCUAUGUGUUCACGUGCAUCAACCACACAGCGGAGCAGGAGGAGUUGGAGGAUGAGUGUCGGAGACUGUGUGACGUGCGGCCAUUCCUCCCUAUCCUCAAGCUGGUGGCCCGCGAGGGUGACCGGGCCGAGAAGCUCGUCAACUCCCAGAUCAGCCUCCUCAUUGGCAAAGGCCUGCAUGAGUUUGACAGCGUUCCCGACUCGGAGGUGAACGAGUUCCGCGGGAGCAUCCGUCAGUUCUGUGAAGAGAGGGCAGCGGAGAGGCAGCGCAGGUCAUGGCUGGACUGGAUGGAGUACAACUUCCCCAGGGAGCUGGAGCCCACCUCUGAAGCAAUGAACAACUGCUUCCCCCUGAAGCUGAAUGGCCGCAAUAUCGUCAUCAAUGUCAAGUUCCAGUACACUGAAGAGAGUUUCAGCUUCCAAAUCUCCUCGCAAGCCCCCCCUGCUCACCUGAUGAAGUUGGUGGUGAAGAAAAAAGCUACCGUGUUUCGGCAUAAAGCGGUUGAAGACGCGGACAAUUACACCCUGCAGGUCAACGGGACAGAAGAAUAUAUCUACGGCAAAUACCCCCUCGGCCGAUUCAAGUACAUCUGUACGUGUUUGUCCAAUAACCAAAUGCCACACUUGACGAUGGUCCAUAAUUCCACGAUAAAGUCCUACCAAGAGCAACAGUCCAACGGCAUUGGGCAAGUCACAAAGAGCCGGACACAUUCCAAGCCACCACCACUUCCCGUUAAAAAGCAGUCGAGUGUGACUCUCUGGGACCUGGAUAAGCCGUUUACAAUCGGCUUACAAUCGGGGAGCAAGGUGAACGCAGACGAAGGCAUGAAGCUGGUUGUCCAAGCUGGCUUGUUUCAUGGGAGUGAGAUGCUCUGCAAAAUGGUUUCCAGCCAAGAGGUCAACGUGAGCUCCGAGCCUGUGUGGAAUCAGGACCUGGAGUUUGACAUCAACUGCUGCGACCUUCCGAGGAUGUCGCGCCUGUGUUUUGCGUUGUACGCGGUGAUUGAAAAGGCCAAAAAAGCUCGGUCGACAAAGAAGAAAUCUAAAAAAGCCGAUUGCCCGAUAGCGUGGGUGAACACAAUGGUGUUUGAUUACAAGGACCAGCUGAAGACGGGCGGAGUUUGGUUACAUACGUGGCCGUCGGUGCCUGAUGACAAAGGCGAGCUGCUGAACCCGAUGGGCACGGUGCAGGGCAACCCCAACACCGACGGCACCGCCGCCCUGUACAUCCACUUCCAGGCUGUCGUCAACCACCCCAUCUACUACCCAUCCAUUGAAAGGAUUCUCGAACUGGGUCGGCAUGGAGAACGAGUCAAAGUAACCCAGUCAGAGCACUACCAGCUGAAGGAGAUCAUGGAACGUAAGGCAUGCACGGAGUUCUUCGAAGAUGAGAAAGAUCUGGUGUGGAAGCUGAGGUACGAGGUCCGUGACCAUUUCCACGAGGCGCUUGGUAAGCUGCUGUCUGUGGCCAAGUGGAACAAGCAUGAAGAUGUUGCUCAGGUGAUUUACCUCCUGCAGUCGUGGAAAGAGCUGCCGGCACUGAACGCCCUGGAGCUCCUGGACUACACCUUCCCCAGCCGUUACGUCCGCUCGCUGGCGAUAGAAUGUCUGAGGAAGCUGAGUGAUGAAGAACUCUUCCAGUAUCUCCUGCAACUGGUUCAAGUGUUGAAGUACGAACCAUACUUGAAUGCCGACCUGACUAAGUUCUUGUUGGAGAGAGCUUUGACCAACAGAAAAAUUGGGCACUUCUUGUUCUGGCACCUCAGGUCAGAGGUGCACCUCCCCGCAGUGUCACUGCGAUUUGGAUUAAUCCUGGAGGCGUACUGCCGAGGAACCAACUACCACAUGAAGUCCCUGUUGAAGCAGUGUGAAGCGUUAAAGAAAAUGAAAGCCCUGAACGACUUUGUGAAGUCCAGCUCCCAGAAGACGACCAAAGUGAAAACGAAGGAAGCCUUGCACAUGUACAUGAAGCAGGAGACGUGCAUGGAGUCUCUCUCCAACUUCUACUCUCCUCUAAGUCCCAGCAACUUCCUCAUGGAACUCUGGGUGGAGAAAUGCAAGUUUAUGGACUCCAAGAUGAAGCCUCUGUGGAUUGUUCACAAGAUUCCGGACGGAAGUCAAAUUGGUAUCAUUUUCAAGAAUGGAGAUGAUCUUCGCCAGGACAUGUUGACAAUACAGAUGAUUCGGCUGAUGGAUGUUCUGUGGAAGAAACAGGGUCUGGACUACAGGAUGAUUCCAUACGGCUGUCUGUCGACGGGGGAUAAAACGGGAGUGAUCGAGGUGGUCCCACAGUCGGAGACUAUCGCCAAUAUCCAGCUCAAUAAAAGCAACAUGGCGGCCACCGCAGCUUUCAACAAAGAUGCUCUCCUGAACUGGCUGAAGUCAAAGAACCCAGGGGAAGCGCUGGAACGAGCCAUCGAGGAGUUCACCCUCUCGUGCGCCGGUUACUGCGUGGCCACAUACGUGCUGGGCAUCGGAGACCGACACAGCGACAACAUCAUGAUCAAGGAGAACGGACAGCUCUUCCACAUUGAUUUCGGACACUUCCUGGGAAACUUUAAGAGCAAGUUUGGCAUCAACAGGGAGCGGGUCCCUUUCAUUUUAACCCAUGACUUUGUCCACGUGAUCCAGCAAGGAAAGACCAACAACAGCGAGAAGUUUGAAAGAUUCCGGAAGCAUUGUGAACAGGCCUACAUGAUUCUGCGAAGGCACUGCCCUCUCUUCAUUAAUCUCUUUGCACUGAUGCAGGCAGCCGGCCUCCCUGAGCUCAGCUGCUCCAAGGACAUCCAAUAUCUCAAGGAUUCUCUGGCUCUGGGCAAGACAGAGGACGAGGCCAUGAGACAAUUCAAGAUGAAGUUUGACGAGGCUCUGCGAGAGAGCUGGAAGACCAAAGUGAACUGGAUGGCCCACAAUGUGGCCAAGGACAACCGCUCCUAGCCCCGUGACCGGCUCUGCCUCGGCCCAACGCACGGGAGCAGAGCUCCGCCAGGCACCGUGACCGCUAGCAUCCGGCCGGGACAGAACUAGUCGGCCAGCGACCGGCAGAUACACAGACGCCUGCAGAAUGCAAAACUUUUUCCCAAUGUUUUUGACGAACUUUGAUAGAUGUUUACAAAGUGACUGCGGCUGCCCCAUUCUGAGGUCUUGGGUACAGAGCUGGCACUGAAAACCCACCCCCCAGCGGUACCCACCCCCACGACCACCUACUGUAUCAGACUUUUCCCUUAAUGCCCGAGUGGAGCCAGUGCUGCCAGGGAUAGGCCACGUGGACAACCCUUGGAUGAACACAAAGUAACUCACCAAGGUCUGGUAACGUCUCUGGAGAGAGAAAGCCCUGGCGAUGAUUCCCGCUCUCCUCCACUUUCCCCACUUUCAAGAGAAGGUUUUCUUGACGGUGGCGGUCAAAGAUAUCCAGAGUCCAGUCAGAGGGAGCGUUGGUGUCUUCCAGAGCUGUGCGCGGGGCUUUACCCAGGCUCCGUCAGAAGGUGCGGCCGUCUGCUUCCGUGAAGCAACUCAGCCGGGACUAGACUCGCCUUCACUCCUCGUCAAAGCUUGUGGCCAAACAUCGGCCACUCUCACCCCCCCCGGGCUCCUCGAACGAUCGAUCCCCAGUGGAUGCCAGCGCCCUGACCUACCUGGGUCGACAGACCGAGACAUAUUGCCAAGACAAGCCUCCCUCCAGUACUCCUAUCCCAAGAGACAGUUUCAUUGUGGAAGGAAGAACAUGUGUUUUGGUUUACGCCUGGUUGAAGAUGGAUGGUUUUGAGUUGGGGGAGGGGAAGGAAUAUUGGUUGCUGCAGAUGCACAAGGAGAGGUGAAGAUGAAUGGUUUAGGGCCCAGAACUAAUUUAACAAGCAUUGUUGCUGAGCGGUAAGACGUGGUCAACACCCUUGUGGAGAAGGUUGCCCGAGCUCCCCCAUCCCCCACCCCAUCCAUGGAAAGAGGACGAGGUUGUACAGAACCUUGUGGAGCAGCGGGUAGAGCUGCUGUCUCGCAGCGCCAGAGACCCGGGUUCGAACCUGACCUGGGCCGCUGUUCGUGAGGGUUUCCUCCGGGUGCUCCGGUUUCCUUCCACAUCCCAAAGACGUGCGGGUUAGUAGGUUAAUUGGCCCCUAGUGUGUAGGGAGCGGAUGAGAAAGUGGGAUGAACAUUGAACUAGCGUGAACGGGUCAUGGAUGGUCGGCGUGGGCUGAAGGGCCUGUUUCCAUGCUGUACCUUUAAACUAAACCACUGUUGGGUAUUGGGGUCUAACAAUGUGUCUUUGGAAGCCAAUGGUAGAGGAUUGCCUUGGCAGGGGGCCAGAGCAUGGUGAGAUGGUGGAGAGGGGGUGAGAGGGUCUGUUUGUGUAGGUUUGAAAGCGGGAAUGGUUUUGAGGUGGGGAGGGGACGGAACACUGGUCGUUACGGACACACAAGGAGCGGUGAGUCCACUCGCCCAACGUCAACGGUUUGAGACUAUUCAGUCAACUCCAGUGAGCAUCUUGAAGAGAUGGACGUGCAUUGGCGAGUGUCCAAUAAGUGUUGGCUUGAUGCCAAGGGAAGGUGGCUUGUCCCAGCACUGAAGCCAAAGCGACCAUGGGAACUCCUGCCCAAACGCCUUCAUGAAACAACCUUGGAUGUGGAUCCAUUCAGCCAAGGCUCCAUCGUUGACCAAAGCAGCCUUGGGUUGACCACACUGAUAAACAAAGAUGCAAAGCUGGUGAAACUGCACCUUGAUGAAGUUAAAUGUGCCUUUGUUUUGCUUCUUAUGCAAACCUAUGUGUGUAAAUUGAGCUGUUUAAUAUUUGCAUAUUUAAAAACAAAAGUUGAAUGUUUUUUUUCCUGUUCUUUUUAUCGAUGGUACUUAUUGUGUCGCAUCUCAGAGGAAUAUGUUUACAGAACUAAUAUCCCAAGACAAGUGAAACAACUCGUGAAAGUGAACUUUGUCAGCAGCAAUGACAAAAGACCAGACUUUUUUUUUUGCUGAUUUUAUAACAACGUUGAAUCUGGGCAAAUUUAGAAAUUUGCAUGUACAGGUACAAUGCCCUAGAUAUGUGGCUGAGACAGGAGGUAACUGUGAGUGUUGGUCAAGCAUAUAGGUAACUUUAUGUCCCGGGGGGAGGGGGGGGGGUCAGUCUGGCGUCUGGCAGCAGGUGGCAAGGGGCUGGGUCAAUGCCCCAUGCCACCAAUAAUUCAUUUCCCAAAUACAAGAUGCUUUUCCUUAAAGAACAACAGUUGGAUUAUUCAUUUCACAACCCACUGUGUGCGUGAGCGUGCACACACGUGUGUGUGUGUGUAAGUGCAUGAGGGUGUGUGUGCAUUAUGGUGUAUGUGGGCUUGUGACCGCUCAGGUUCCCACUAAAUCUUUCCCCCCUCACUUUCAACCUAUGACGUCUGGUUCUCCGUUCCCCUUCUCUGGGCAAGAGACCCUGUGCGUCUACCUGAUCUAUUCCCCGCAUCGACCUCCUGUGCUCCAAGGAAUUAGAGUCCCAGCCUGCUCAGCCUCUCCCGACAGCUCAGACCCUCAAGUCCUGGCAACAUCCUUGUAAAUCUUCUCUGCACCUUUUCCAGCUUGACAACAGCUUUCCUAUAACAUGGUGCCCAGAACUGAACACAAUACUCUAAAGGUAGACAAAAGUGCUGGAGAAACUCAGCGGGUGCAGCAGCAUCUUUGGAGCGAAGGAAAUAGGCAACGUUUCGGAACAAAACACUUCUUCAUGUUUUGCUGUAGUAUUUAAUUUAAAAAACACCUUAAGAACUCAGGCAAUCAUCUCAGCACCAUCUCAGUUCUGAAACGUUGCCUAUUUUCCUUCGCUCCAUAGAUGCUGCUGCACCCGCUGAGUUUUUCCAGCAUUUUUGUCUACCUUCGAUUUUCCAGCAUCUGCAGUUCCUUCUUAAACAAUACUCUAAAUGUGGCCUCACCAACUUCUUUAUUUGUUUAAAGAAGGCACAUCUCUUCCCCCCCCCCCCCCCCCCCCUC